AUGAACGAAAAAAGCAAAUCAUUAUUUAACAUUAAGUUCUAUUUGUUUAUCCUUUUAUCUUUGAUAUAUCAUUUUUGCAAUGAUAUGAAUCCGUUUAAUGAACUUUUGAAUGAAAUCCGUAAAUAUGAUACAAAAAUAGAUAUAAGAAAUAAUAGAGUACUGGCUAAAUAUAAGCAGGAUAAGGAUUUAACUACUUCAAGGUUAAAGGAAAAUAUGGCAUAUAAUACAAAAUAUGAAAAAAACGAUAUAUAUAAUAAUACAAGAGGGAAUAUAAGAAAAAACAAAAAUUCUAAUAAAAAUUUAUUAAAUAAGACUCAAUACUGUAUUGAAGUCUUGGAUUAUAAUAAUGGAAUGUUUGAUGGAAAACAUUUCCAUUUUGAAAAAAAAUGGAUUAAAAAAAAAGAUUAUGAUAAUUAUGUUGAAAGAAAUAGAAGAAUUUGUGAUAUAGCUUUGAAAAAAAUAAAGUUUAAAAGUUAUGGAUUCGGAAUUGUUUUAUUCAUUCUUUUUUUCUUAGUGGGAAUAGGGUUACCUAUAUUGCGGGUUUUUGACUUCGAUGAGAAUUCAACUUUUACACCUUUUAAGACUCUUUGGAAAUUUAUAUAUGAAGACUCAGGUUUAAAAGCAAUUAUAGAAGUAACAGAAUCACAAGCAGUAGUAGGAGGAGUAGCAGGAGUACAAUAUUUUUACCUAGUAACAUAUGUCCUACUUAUCAUUAUAUUAGCUAUCUUGCUCAUCCUUGCGAUUCCUAAAAUAUUACGAAAUAAUGAAAAAUAUAAAAAAAUUAAGUACAUUUCUGAAUGA